CAAUGUUAUAUCUUUUUAACUAUUGGAAAAUUGAACAUUCACACAAUUAAAUAAUUAACAAAUUACAAACACUAUUUAACAUCAUCACUAUCUUACAUUUACGAUUUAGUAACAAUUAAAUAUUAGUAAUCUAAAUAUCAAUUAAAUAGUGUUUUUUGCUAAAAUAAAAAUAUAUUCAAUUGAUCCGGCCAGCACCUGGUCAAAUCGGACCGGUCAGAAUUUGACCAAACCGGUCUGACCUAACCUGCGGACGGUGUCCGACCAAUCCAGGCGGACCGCCUCCGACUUGACCAGGCAGACCACAGCUUCUCUCAGUUACCGGCGGCAACCCGAAAAUACCUAUUGAAGAUGGUGACAACGGCGGCUCUGAGUUGCGGAGGUGAUGAUGAUUGACGUGGGGCAGCGGGCUCGCGACAACUGCGGUCCUUGGUGGCUGGAGACAGAGGGUGCAAGGUGGAUGGCGACGGAGUGUGGUGGACGGCAACAGAGUCUCGACCGGCCGGCGGCGAUUUGUGGGUGGGAGCAGCGGAAGUGGGAGAGAAGGAAGGGGAGGUGAGAGAUUGGGUUGGGAAUAGAUAGGCUUAGUGUUUUAAAUUAAAAAUGAGACAAAUUCAUCAUAUUUUUUAUAACUACAGGCUACAAAUAACUAUUCAUUUCUUUAUUCCUCCUCGUAAUCGUAACUAUUCCUUUCGCGCCCUUUUCUUUCCUUCUCUUCUCUGUCUGCUAAAACAACGUAGGGCUCGUUAAAUUAUGCAGAGUGCUGCUGCACAUGUGCACACCUCCACCACCGCCCGCUCUGUUCUUUCUCUCUCUCUCUCUGUCGGCCUCGGGCCUCUUCAGGCCUCAGCGGUCGGCAAAUUGCUGCUCUCAAAUUAAAAGCGCAGUUUUUCACCAAAAAAAAAAAAAAAAAUUAAAAGCGCAGUUUAAAGAAAAAGAAGCAAAGCCGUAACAAUUAGUUGGUUCAUUGUUUGUUGUCGUGUCGUGUUGGAAGAGGAGUUCCAGUUUUCAGGUGCCAUGACGCGCCACGUAUUGCUUUCCAGUAGCACUGACCAUUUCUUGGAAAAUUAUUAGUCAAUGACUUCCGUCUCAAGUAAUUGGAUCGGAUACUUAACAUCUCUAGCUUAGCUUAGCUUAAUUACGUUGUCUAAUUGAUUGCAUCAUUAAGCGAGACAUAACCCGGAGUUGGAACCGAGUUAACUUUUAGCUUAACACCAAAAAUACACGUCCAUCUUCUGAGAUAUAAAGCUAACAAUCAUUGGGAUAUGCAUCAAACAUCAUCACCACGUAGAUGCAAUUAUGGACCCAAUCCAAAAGCCCAAAACCAGAAAAAAGGAAAAAAAGAAAAAGAGCAAUUGAUAAAAUAAAGUAUCACCGUCCAAUUAAAAGUCUACUUUAUUCAUCUAGAUUAUCUAUUUAUAUAAAUAAAAGUCCUCUUUAUUUAUUGUCUUGUUGUGUCUCUAACUGAUUAUCACAUUCAUAUUUUUUGGGGCACUAAUCACAGGGCACUCAUACAUACCUAAUUCAGAUUAUGAAAUUGGUAUUGGUAUGGUAAAGGACGAAUGUAACCAUCCUCUUGUGAUUUUAUAAUAGUAUAGUAUUUUCAAAGUGUUUGAUUUAAGUCGGGUGAAUUUCAUAAUAUUUUCGUGACUUCUUUUCCUACGUAUAAUAAUAUUUAUUUGUAGUCACUAAAACUAACCACAUUAACAAACAUGGUGAUCAAGACGUACAUCAACGUGUUACUAGUUUUCAAACAUGAAAUUAACUAUAUUAUAAUGUGAAAAAGAAAUGCAAACAAGGACAGGUCGAAGGUGAAAAACCAAUAUUCAUAAAAUGAAAAUGGAAAAAAAAAGAAGGGAAGAUUGUUAUUAAAAGGACAAAAAUAAAGGGAAAUUGGAGGGGAAAGAAAGAAAGUGCGUGGAAGGCGAAGCAGAAUAUGCCAUAUAGCCAUGGUUUUUGUUCCACUCAUAAACAUUCUGAGAUUGCGGUUGGCAGGGCAACGCAGCUGCUUUGGUCGGUCCUUAAAUCUAAUUGUACCUCCCUUUUGUUAACAAAAUUCAUUUCUUUCUCCCCUUUUCCCCCAAAUUUCUCUCUCGCAUUCUUGCUCGCCCUGAUCCUCGCCUCCUCUUAUCUUUCAGGUACUUCCGCGCCAUUACUUGCUUUCCCUUUGAUUUUUUUUUUCUUUCGCCGGAGAUGGGUUAGUUAGCUUCUUCCAUUGUUAGCGAUUUCCAGCAAUGGGUAGGGGCCGAGUUCGAAAUUUCCCGGCUGGAUUGUGUACAUGUUUGAAUAUUUUUGUUUGAGAACCCUAAAGCUGCUCUGCUUAGAUGCUGGGAAGAUGAUGAAUACCGUAGCCCCGUUAUGUAAUUACUUCAAUUGUAGUUUUCCGUUUUGGGUUUUGCAGAGUGUUUAGACGACGGCAAUAGGGGUUGUGUAUUGUAAUGCUGGGGGUUUAAUCAGGGAAGCAAGCACGGUUUUCGUAUUCUCUGUUUGCUUUAGCCUUGUUCUUCCUGAUUGUGGGAUUUAUUUUUUUAUGUUUCGGAUGCAUGAAUGUAUUUAUGUGUUUUUAGCGGGGAGUUCAUGAAUUUGUCUGUGUAAUUCAGGCAAAUUCAUGAAUUUGUGUGUAUAUCUAACCAAUUUCCUUGGUUUGUUCUUUAUUGGUCUUCCAUUGCAGCAUUCUGGAGCCGGUCUCUGUGGUGAUUUUGGCGCUCACCAGAGUCUGGCUUCCAGAAAAUCCUUCCCCUCCCAAAACCUUGUUGUAGUUACAAGAUUGGCCGAUGGGCAAGGACAAGCAUUCUUUAGGUUUGUUGGAUACCUUAAGAAUGGAGAGGGUGAGGACCAUCUUCACGCAUACAUACCCUUAUCCGCAUGAGCACUCGAGGCACGCCAUCAUCGCGGUGGUGGUGGGUUGUCUUUUCUUUAUAUCUUCAGAUAACAUGCAUACCCUUAUAGCGAAGCUGGACAAUAAUGUCAAAUGGUGGUCCAUGUAUGCCUGCCUGCUCGGUUUCUUCUAUUUCUUCACGUCACCCUUCUUAGGGAAGACAAUCAAACCUAGCUAUUCAAACUUCAGUUGGUGGUAUACGGCUUGGAUUUUAGUUGCAGCCCUAUAUCAUCUCCCUAGUUUUCAGUCAAUGGGAGUAGAUAUGAGGAUGAAUUUGUCCUUGUUCAUGACUAUAUAUGUGUCCUCGAUCGUGUUUCUUCUUGUAUUCCACAUUAUAUUUCUUGGACUAUGGCAUCUCGGUCUUGUUUCUCGUGUUGCUGCAAAACAGCCAGAGAUAUUGACCAUCUUCCAAAAUUGCGCCGUUCUCAGCGUAGCCUGCUGUGUGUUUUAUAGCCAUUGUGGAAACCAGGCUCUGAUGAAAGAUAGACCCCUUCAGAGAAGCCUUUCUAGUUGGUUUCCUUUUAGGAAGAAGGGAGAGAUCAAUACCUGGCUAGCUAAAUUUAUCCGCAUGAACGAAUUAAAAGACCAGGUCUGCUCGUCUUGGUUUGCACCUGUUGGAUCUGCAAGUGAUUAUCCACUUUUAUCAAAAUGGGUUCUCUAUGGAGAGAUAGGUUGCAGCGGGGAUGAAUGUGCAGCCUCAUCUGAUAAUAUUUCUCCUAUAUAUUCAUUGUGGGCUACCUUUAUUGGUCUUUAUAUCGCUAACUAUGUGGUGGAAAGGUCAACUGGGUGGGCUCUUACUCACCCUUUAUCAGUUAAAGAGUAUGAGAAUUUGAAGAAGAAGCAGAUGACGCCAGACUUUCUGGAUAUGGUUCCUUGGUAUUCAGGAACCUCUGCUGAUUUAUUCAAGACACUGUUUGACCUUUUGGUAUCAGUAACUGUAUUUGUCGGUCGAUUUGACAUGCGCAUGAUGCAGGCAGCAAUGAACAAGGUGCAAGAUGGAGUUAAAUCAGACCAUUUCUAUGAUCAUCUUAGCAAACAAGACGAUCUGUGGUUUGAUUUCAUGGCUGAUACAGGUGAUGGUGGGAACUCAACCUACAGUGUUGCACGCUUACUUGCUCAACCGUCUCUUAGGGUUAGCACAGGUGAUUCUGUGCUCUCUCUGCCCAGAGCAAAGUUACUUAUUGUGGGAGGGGAUCUUGCAUAUCCUAAUCCUUCGGCAUUCACAUACCAAAGGCGCCUCUUUUGUCCCUUUGAGUAUGCUCUGCAACCACCUUCCUGGUACAAAGAGGACCAAGUUGCAGUGCACAAGCCUGAGUUACCCCAUGGGGUGUCUGAACUUAAACAGUAUGACGGACCUCAAUGCUUUGUCAUUCCUGGAAACCAUGAUUGGUUCGAUGGGCUUCAUACUUUCAUGAGGUACAUAUGUCAUAAAAGCUGGCUGGGUGGAUGGUUUAUGCCCCAGAAAAAGAGUUAUUUCGCUUUGCAACUUCCUAAAGGGUGGUGGGUUUUUGGUCUCGAUCUUGCACUCCAUAAUGAUAUUGAUGUGUACCAGUUCAAAUUCUUUACAGAAGUAGUGAAAGAGAAGGUAGGAGAAAAUGACUCUGUGAUCAUCAUUACCCAUGAACCAAAUUGGCUUCUUGAUUGGUACUGGAAUGAUGUUUCUGGGAAGAAUGUCACACAUCUUGUACAUGACUAUCUGAAAGGAAGGUGCAAGCUUCGGAUGGCCGGAGAUUUGCAUCAUUACAUGCGUCAUUCACAUGUACCUUCAGAUGGCCCAGUUGAUGUGCAACAUCUAAUUGUAAAUGGCUGUGGUGGUGCUUUUUUACACCCCACCCAUGUCUUUGGUGGCUUCAAGAAAGCAUAUGGAGCUACCUAUGAUACCAAGGCCGCUUAUCCAUCUCUAGAAGAUUCUGGCAGGAUUGCUUUGGGGAAUAUUUUGAAGUUCCGUAAGAAGAACUGGCAAUUCGAUUUCAUUGGCGGCAUUUUGUACUUUCUGCUGGGGUUUUCCAUGUUCCCUCAGUGUAACCUUGACGUCAUUUUGCAAAGUGAUACAUUUUCGGGCCACAUAUGGAGUUUCUUUGGCACAGUUUGGAAUGAAUUUCUUUACUUGCUACAACACUCUCAUGUAUCCUUGCUUGGUGCUCUGGGAUUGCUGAUAGCAGCAGUUACAUUUGUCCCAUCAAAGAUGUCAUGGAAGAAACGUGCCAUGAUUGGAAUUCUUCAUUUCUCUGCACAUCUUGCAUCAGCCCUUGUCCUCAUGUUGCUCUUGGAACUUGGUAUCGAGACAUGCAUUCGUCAUAACUUACUCGCUACAUCAGGAUACCACACUUUAUACGAGUGGUACAGAGCAGUGGAGAGAGAACACUUUCCUGACCCCACCGGUCUUCGAGAUAGGAUAGAACAAUGGACGCUCGGGCUUUACCCUGCGUGCAUAAAGUACUUGAUGUCUGCUUUUGAUGUUCCUGAGGUCAUGGCUGUCACACGUAAUAAUAUAUGCAAGAAUGGUGCCGAAGCACUGUCGAGAGGAGGUGCAAUCAUUUACUAUGCUUCCGUCUUCCUCUACUUUUGGGUCUUCUCGACACCAAUCGUCUCAUUCGUCUUUGGAAGUUACUUGUACAUUUGCAUUAAUUGGCUUCAGAUUCACUUUGAUGAAGCCUUCUCUUCCCUUCGUAUUGCAAAUUACAAGUCGUUUACCAGAUUACACAUCGACAGAGCUGGGGAUCUCGAAAUAUUCACUCUUGCUGUCGACAAGGUCCCCAAGGAGUGGCAGCUAGAUCCACAUUGGGAUGCAGAGCCAAGGCAGGCACAGCAGAUGAGCCAUCACCGGAAGUACCCUAGUAAAUGGAGCGCUGCGGCUUACCAACAGGAUCCGGUGAAUUCGGUCAAGAUAGUUGACCAUUUCGUGAUUAGAAGGACAGAGGAAGUACCAGGGGUAGGAGCAGCAGCAACUAACGGAUCAGUCUCUCCCUGAUCUCUUGUUGAUCUAGAUUUUGCUGUAUGUUGUAACAUCAUUAAUCUUAGAAGCACAGAACCAGGAAAGAGAAUCGCGGCAGAGAAUUUGAAAGUUAGUUCUCCACUAACCCUUCAGCCUUCACCUCUUCCUGGGUUUAUGAACUCUGUAUAUAUGUAACUUACUUUUCUAUCUCUCAGCUAAUUAGAGUCGACGCCAAGAUACAAUGCUCUUCAUGGUUAGAAUUGACUGUCUUGCUCGACACAUGGUAGUGAAGAAUUGGAAGAAAUGGAGAUUGAUUCAUCUUCUCAUGCUACUUUAACUAAUCAUGUUUCCAGAAACAAUUGAGAACAAGAAAAGAACUUUCUGAAA